GUAUAUUUCAUCCAAGUGACCUGAUGACCUGAUGAUAAUGUCUUAUUUUAUCUUUAUGUGAUACAGACGGACCGUGAUGUUUCUCCUUCUACAUUUGAUACUGUUGGCGACACAGCGUGACAGUGAUGCCGCUGCCUUGGCGAUAACUGCCAGGUUUAGGAAUGGAGACUUAGACUUUGUGUGGACAAACACCUCUCAGAAUAAUUACGAGAUCUUCCUAAGCAAGGAUGGCAGGAGUGACCCAUGGGUCAGGGUGUUUAGGACCCAGUACAGCAUAGCGGAUAUAAUGAUGUAUAACUCUGUAAGGAUAACUGUUUUUGACCAAAAAACAAGGUCAAGUUACCAACAUACGUAUGAAGUCUUGAAGUUUGAAACUGAAGCUGGCAAAUCCACAAAUGUGACGUUACCAACAGAAUGUACAGAAAAUGCGACUUUCAUUUUUAUCAUAAAAUGGAGAAAUGAUAACAACACUGAUGUUAAAAAGAUAUUGUUGAAAGAAAACAGUCACGUUAUCGAGAAGACAUCGAAGUAUGCCGUUUACUAUGGCCUACCUGUCUCAGGAGAGACGGCGUUAGAAAUAAGGGGGGUAACCCUGUCUGACGCUGCGUAUUACUCUUGUGGUAACAGGACAGACGACGCUUUAUCUAGACAGGGAGUGAUUCUCGUAGUCCAUCAAAAACCAAUCCAACCCACUCUAAGAACAGACAGACAUACCAAAGGUGAUGGUGUAGUGGUUGGCACAUCAAUUAAGCUGACGUGUUCCAGUAACUCAACAUCGUCUCCUCACUACUACUCCAAAGUCGCCUCCUUGUCAUACGCCUGGUUUGUUGGUGAUGAGACACUAAGGGAAACCGACAGUACACUUACAAUUAAAGUCACAAGGAGAAUCAGGAAUAAAACCAUCACGUGCACUGCAGAAGACUUUCUGGAGUCAAUUCAUAGCGAGGCUUUGCGCAUCAUCCCAUUGUACGGACCAGAAACAAUCGAGAUCAUCCCUCAACCACCAAUUCAGAGAGAAAAUAAAGUCAUAAUAACUGAAGGUAUGGUAAUAGGUCCAUAUGACUGCGCAGCAGACUGUAACCCACCAUGUGACGUCACGUGGUCACAUGCCAACUCCACGGGAUCCAGUUAUGCUUUGGUACAAGGAGAACAGACAUUGCAACAUAUCGUUAGCAGAGAAAUGGUGUCGUUCAGCUGUCGUGCUGAGGGGAAAUUUGGCCAGCCGAUAGAGAGGACGAUUCUUCUAGACGUAAUCUAUAUGGAUCUUCCAUUAGUAUACAUCAAUGAAGAACAACGAAUACAGGCAGAUAUACGUGAAGGAAAAACAUUACAUGUAUCGUGUUUUGUAAAUGGUAACCCGACUCCAAGAGUGCGACUUAGUAAGGUGAAGGACAGCGGGUCAGCCAUCCUAUCUGAGGUCACUGGUCCUUGGUCAAACUACAGCUCCGACCGUGGGACCCAGUGUUCUGAUACAGGGGCAUUUGACUGUGUAGGAAUGGCGGCUGGACUGGGAACAGAGAGUGUCAAGUUCAACAUUAACGUACUGUGUGAGGCCCGACGAGAUAUCCACGAAAUGCUGAACAUAUAUAACGGAACUGUUAUUGGAUUUGAAGACACAGUUAUAGUAAAAAUACCCGUGAUUGCAAACCCUUCACCAGUCGCUAAAAAGGUUUCGUGGCUGGACCUUGAUGAUCAGGCAAUCAAUGUUAAAACUGUCGUCUUACACCAGGGUAACGUCAGUUACAGACAUCUGAUUAUCAGUAUCGUCCCAUGGAACGGCGUGGAACAGAACAGGAUGUAUACUGUAAAUUAUGGUGGACGUCUUCUAACAAAAAUCACCAUAGACUCAAAAGAUUUGCAGAAACCCGCAUCUGAAAGAUUUCAGAACAGAGAGUUGCGUUUUCUUAUCUCUAUUUGCCUGUCCGUUGUGCUUGGUGUAUCAUUACUGGGUGUGACUGUUGUUAUGUGUCGCAUGAAGGGCCGACAAACUGAUCCAUCGAACCAGGAUAUAGUUCAGGUUGAGGACCAAGGAACAAUUAAUUUCUAUGAGCAGGCAACGAGCAGUGAUAAUAACCAUUUGUACUCGACAUUGGAUACAAUGGAAAAAGAAACGACACAUUAAGUCAAUUAAGAACAUGGACAAUGACAAGAUUUACUCAAGAUGAUGUGUCUGUGGUCCGUGCUUUAACAUUACAUUCAAAUACAUUCGAUGUUUAACAUAAAUAAUUUUUUGUUUUUAAUAUAAACAGAGGCCAAUUUAUAAACCAUAAGACUUGCCAUAAUCUAAUAAAUGUGAUAUGUACUGUCAAGUAAAACUGUAAUAACAAACUAUGGAAUAAUCCAGAUAUUUAAGCAUUAAAAUUCAAAUUUUUUCCUACAUCUCUAAACAGAGCUUUUCAUCGAAAGAAACUUAAUAUAGCCUAAAAUAGCCCCGACCAUUUACACACUUAGAUUUCAAACAUAAUAUAAGUUAAGUUUUCUGUACAAGAACUGAUUUGUUGUUAUGAUUACCCCUUAAAAACAACAAGGAAAUAAUUUAAUGUAUGGCUGUAUUUAAAGUGGGACAAAAGAAAGGAUUAUGAAGGACUUUGCAAAUAUCGAUCAUUUAUCCGAAAUGGGUCAAUACAUGAUAAGUCUCUAAUUAAAAAUAAUUCAAUUUGUUGUGUUAUAUCUUUUUUUGCAAAACAUGAAUCUAAAAGCAAUGAUAAGAAUUGAAGAUUUAUUAGUUAAUUUAUUAAUUACUGCAUGUACCAAGGACAAAAAAUGAAAUAAAAACGCACUUGUGAUAGGGUGAUAUUUCAUAUUAAUUACUGCAUAUUAAUAAAGUAUAUUAUAUAUGCUAGAUAAGUUAAUGACAUAUAGUGAAAUGUAAAUUUAUUUAAAUGUAAAUUAUCAUGAGUGAAAACUAAGUGUUUGAGCAACACUCAUUAUAGUUAUUUUAACAAUCUAAACCUAGAUAACCUUAAUGUAGUUUUAAAAGUAUUGAUUAUAUGUAUAUAGAUUCCAUACCUGAAGAAUAUAUCAGGAUCAUGCAGAUGCAGAUCAAUGAGGUUUGUGUCACACAUAGGUAUGCAUAUAUAUAAAUAUCAGAUUUGAUACUUAUUGCCUAAGUUAUGUUUAAUAUGUUUUAUUUAUUAAAAAUUGAUAACUAAAUUAUUAAUUACACAGGAUAAAUAUUAUUGAACUAUUUAUAUAUCAGUUAGUUCUGUGAUAAGGGGAAUAACUCUUGCUUGUAAACUGUGCUUGGCAAAAUCAUGAAAUGGAUGUUUUGAUUCUUAAACAAUGCAAUAAUAUAUUAUGUGUGAUCUAUUUUAUUUUU